GGGAGAUUCAGUCACUCUACACACUGAUACUGAAAAAAUCCAACAAGAAGAGAUUAGUUGGUAUUUUAAUGAUAUUCGCAUUGCUGAAAUCAGUGGAGAUCUCAAUAAGACCUGUCCAGAUGUUCAGUGUUAUAAUGGCACUGAGAGAUUCAGAGACAGACUGAAGCUGGAUCAUCAGACUGGAUCUCUGAUCAUCACAAACACCAGAACCACAGACUCUGGACUUUAUAAACUACAGAUCAACAGCAGCAGCGACAGUCUUCUUCAGCUCUUCAGUGUUUCUGUCUAUUAUGUUCCUGAACGAGAGAAAAUGAAGAGAAAGUCAGUGACGGAGGGAGAAUCUGUCACUUUAGAUCCUGGUGUAGUAAAAACCACAAAUUAUUUGAUGAAAUGGCUUUUUAAUGACGUUCACAUCGCUGAAAUCAAAGAAGAUCUCAGUUUUAUCUGUACAGAUGUUCAGUGUUUAUAUGCUGACGAGAGAUUCAGAGACAGACUGAAGCUGGAUCAUCAGACUGGAUCUCUGACCAUCACAAACACCAGAACCACAGACUCUGGACUCUAUUAUCUGCUGAUAAUCAGCAGCAGAUUCAGCAUCAUAAGGAGCUUUAUUGUUGAUGUCACUGGUUAUGUUGAUGCAGUGAGUAGUGUGUCAGUGAUGGAAGGAGAUUCAGUCAUUCUACACACUGAUGUUGAAACAAACCAACAAGAGGAGAUUAGAUGGUAUUUUAAUGACAUCCGCAUCGCUCAAAUCACUGAAGAUCUCGGUUUUAUCUGUACAGAUGUUCAGUGUAAAUAUAGUGACGGGAGAUUCAGAGACAGACUGAAGCUGGAUCAUCAGACUGGAUCUCUGACCAUCACAAACACCACAACCACAGACUCUGGGCUUUAUCACAAACAAGUCAUCAGCGGCAGCAGCAUCAAUUACGGCAUCUUCCGUGUUACUGUCUAUGAAGUUCCUGCUGCUGAACGAGAUGAAAUGAAGAGGAAGUCAGUGCAGGAGGGAGAAUCUGUCACUUUAGACACAGGAGUAAUAAAAAAUCCAAAUGAUUUGAUGACGUGGUAUUUUAGUGACAUUCGCAUCGCUGAAAUCACUGGAGAUCAGAGUAAGAUCUGUACAGAUGUUGAUGAGAGAUUCAGAGACAGACUGAAGCUGGAUCAUCAGACUGGAUCUCUCGCCAUCACAAACAUCACAAUCACAGAGUCUGGACUCUAUCAACUACAGAUCAGCAGCAGCAGCAGAAUCAGCAUCAUAAAGAGCUUCAGUGUCACUGUCCCUACGGUUUCAGAUUCAGGUCUGUCUUCAGCCCCUGUAGCAGGAAUAGUAGUAGUCCUAUGUGUUGGUGUAGCUGCUCUUGUUCUGCUGCUCGUUGCUGCUGGUGUGAUUUACUAUCGCAAACGUCAAGCAGGACAACAUAACGAUGUUACAGACACGGUGAUGCAGUUCAGUGAUCAGAUGGAAAAAGACCCUGUUGAUGACUCCUGCCAAUGAAUCAGACUGAAACUGGGGCUGCCAAUGAGACAUCACAGAAACUUUAUUAUGUUGAUACUUUCAUUUAAAGGGAACAUAAAGAAAAGUUGGGAAACCAAUAGUGUCACGAUACCAAGAUUUCAGUAUUCAGUACUGAUGCCAGUGAAACCAAAUUCAGCUAAUUAAAAUUCAAACUAAUUAGCUAUAAUUCAGUUUUAAGUGAUUUAAAUAAUAAAAAUGUAGCCUAAUUUUUUUUGUUAUUAUGUAACAUAGCUUCAGAAUAGACAAACCGUAAAUUAGCAACUAAAUGAUUAAAGUUUGAGAAAGCCUGACCAGAAAGUUUCGAGUAGUUUUAAAAGCAUAAUGUUUAAAGGUUUUGAAGGCCAUGCAGUCUAUCAGAAAAAAACAGACAGAAUCAAAUAACAUGUUGGCUUUCUCAUUAAGAAACAGAGAAAAAUAUUAAUUCCAAUAGUUCAAAGAGUGCUUGAGGGUUCUUUCAGUAUGUCAGUGUUUAUUAAAGGUGCUAAAGUUACAUCUUUAGAAUUUUCGUAUUAGCAACUUUACAGUUCUACACGGGAAGAUCCCUGAUGAAAACACCAGUAUGCUGUUGUUCCCAAGAUUCACUGUACUAAAAACUGGUGUUUUCAGCAGAAAUCCUUUUAUAUUAAAGUUAAUAAGCUUUGUGCUUUUGUCUGUUUGUGGCGUCUUACAUUUGUUGUUAAAGGUUCAAAUCCUGCAAGGGUUGAUCCAUGAAAUCUCACCACUGUGUCCUUGAUCAAACUCUGAAUAUCAGGAUUUGAACCUGCAACAACUGCACUGAAAGACACGGUGGAGAGAAGCAGCAACCAAAUGCCAAAUAUGUGUUAUUUUGUUAUAUAUUUUCAUAACUGUUACUGGAUGCUAAAUAAGCUUUUUACUGGUAUAUUAAGCAACUGAAGGGUGUUUAAGCACACUUAAAGGAAUAAUUCACAUGAAAAUUAAAACUCAGCCAUCCAAGAUGUAGAUGAGUUUGUUUCUUCAUCAGAACAGCUUUGGAGAAAUCUAGCAUUAGAGCACCAGUGAAUCCUGCAGUGAAUAGUAAAAACAGCCAGAAGGACAUGAGACAACAAUGAACACAGGAAACACACAGUAGGGACUAACAAUGCUGGGAAUAUAACAAUCAGGGACUGAUCGAACAAGAAAAACUACAAAGGACCAUGUGACAGGAAACAGGAAUACAACUUAAACAUAAAAGUCCAGGGACAGAACCAGGUAAAAUCAUUAAGGUGUUUUAACUUGAACCUGUAGCUUCUGGCCAAAAUAUAAGUUCUUAAUGCAUAAUAACCUCCAAAAUAUGUUCCAUUGAAGAAACAAACUCAACUACAUUUUGGACGGCUUUAGGGUGACUACAUUUUCAGCACAUUUUCAUUUUUGGGUGAAUUUUUCCUUUAACAUGCAUUUAUUGGUAAAACAACAAUAUUAUAAUGUGCAUACAUGUGUAUUAUAAUCUUAAGAUGUUUGCUACAGAAGUUAGAAGUGUAUCAUGCUUAUUUUUGUAAAGUUCUCAGAAAAGACUGCACUGUCAGAGCUGAAGUACUGUAAUAUGCCAAACUCCUCACAAAAACCUCAUCAAAAAUGGUUUGUUUUCCAAACACAGUAUUAAGAAUCAAGUUUAAUUUGUGUAAAAUCAGUUAUGUUACCUUAUGUUGCCUAUAUGGGCAGUAUUUCAGAUACAUGUAUUUAAAAUACA